UCCCCCGCCGGCCAUGCAGAGCACCCCCAACUACCUGUGGAGCACCGAGGACCUGCUGGGCCAGGGGGCCACGGCCUCUGUCUACAAAGCUCGCAACAAGAAAUCGGGGGAGCUGGUUGCCGUGAAGGUCUUUAACAAUGCCAGCUACCUGCGGCCGCAGGAGGUGCAGAUGAGAGAGUUCGAGAUGCUGCGGAAGCUGAACCACAAAAACAUCGUCAAAUUAUUUGCCGUGGAGGAGACAGGCAGCAGCAAGCAGAAGGUGCUGGUGAUGGAAUAUUGCUCCAGUGGCAGCCUGCUGAGCGUGCUGGAAGACCCAGCCAAUGCCUUUGGCCUGGCUGAGUCCGAGUUCCUCAUCGUGCUGCAGUGUGUGGUGGCAGGGAUGAACCACCUGCGUGAGAACGGCGUGGUGCACAGGGACAUCAAACCCGGCAACAUCAUGCGGCUGGUGGGGGAGGACGGGCAGAGCAUCUACAAACUGACCGAUUUCGGAGCCGCACGGGAGCUGGAGGACGACGAGAAGUUCGUGUCUGUCUAUGGGACAGAGGAGUACCUGCACCCCGACGUGUACGAGCGAGCCGUGCUGCGCAAGCCCCCGCAGAAGGCGUUUGGGGUCACCGUGGACCUCUGGAGCAUCGGGGUCACCUUCUACCACGCUGCCACCGGCAGCCUCCCCUUCGUGCCCUUCGGGGGGCCCCGCAGGAACAAGGAGAUCAUGUACAAGAUCACCACGGGGAAGCCUCCUGGGGCCAUUGCAGGGAUCCAGAGGCAGGAGAACGGGAACAUCGAGUGGAGCUACGAGCUGCCCAUCACCUGCCGCCUCUCCGCGGGGCUGAAGGACCAGCUGAUCCCCAUCUUGGCCAAUAUCCUGGAGGUGGAUCAGGAGAAGUGCUGGGGAUUCGACCAGUUUUUUGCAGGAACCAACGACAUUUUGCACAGGAUGGUGGUGGACGUGUUCUCCCUGCAGCAGGCGUCCUCCCACCGCAUCUACAUCCACUCCUACAACACUACCACCAAGUUUUUAGACGCCGUCUUCAAACAGACAAAUAUAGUCCCUCACCAUCAAGAAUAUUUCUUUGAAGGACACCUGUACGAGCUGGAUCCCAAUCUACAAGCUCAUAAUUUCUGCAAAACCACAGAGAGCAGCCCCCUGACUUUGCUGAGCACCUCAGAGCAGCCCGAGGACGUGGUGGGGGUCCGGUACAGAGACCCGGCGCUGGAGUUCCCCAAGUUGGUGCCCAGGGUGGAUGUGGUGGCCGACUGCAGCGCAGCCAAGAGUGCCGUGGGUGCUGCUCACCAGACCCUGCGGCUGGGGCAGAGGCUGCGCCGGGGCCGGGAGCUGCUGGCCAGGGGCCUGCACUGGCUGAUCGGGAACCUGAGGACGGAGUGCUCCCGGAUCCUGGAGCAGAGGAGGGGGGCUCACUCCCUGCUCGCCUGCCUGCAGCUCACCCAGGGCAAGGCGCGCCUGCUGUACGAGGCUGCUCCUGCAGGCAGCGGGGGCCCAGCUGGGGUGGAUGUGCUGAGGACAAGGCUGCAGAGGGUGGAUGAGGAGCUCUCCCAGUGCUCCCACAGCAUCUUCGACUUCCAGGGGGCACUGGAUGGGAUUUUGGCCGAGCUGGUGAAGGACAGGCAGCAAGUGCACGAAGACAAAAGCAUCCAGCAGAUCGAGUGCUGCCUGGAGAAGAUGCAGGUGAUCUACAAGCAGUUCAAGAAGGCCAGGACGUGUCUGAGGCUGGGCUACAACGAGGAACAAAUCCACAAGCUGGACAAGCUGAAUUUGGGGAACCUGGCCAGGAGAGUUCUGUCCAUUUUCCAGAACGACUGUGUCCAGCAGUACCAGGAGGCCCUGGCCCUGCACAGCAGCAGGAUGAGGAAAGUCUGUGAGAUAAAGAGGCACCUGAAGAGGCUCAGCAACCGCAUCAGCAGCUGCAGUGUGGAGAUGAUGGAGUGCCAGGACUGCCUGCAGGGUGCUCUGGACAGGCUUCUCCAGACAGAGAAAUGGGAUUUGGCCCCAGCUCCUCCCGUGCCCCCCCCCGUCCCCCUGAGCCAGGCACGCCAGGAGAUGGCUCUGAGGAUGCAGGAAUUAGGGCUGGGUCUCCCCUGCAGGAUGCAGGAGCUGCUGGAGCAGAUGAGGUCGGUCACCUGCGAUCUCCAGCUCAACAACAGCAUCAUCGAGCGGUUGGGCGGGGCUGCUCCCACUCCCCCAGUCUGAGGGACACGGUGAAGGUGCAGCUGCUGAAGCAAAACCAGUUCCCAGCACAGGGAAUUCACAGCGCCCUGGAGCAGCAGAGCCAUCGAUUUCCUGCCCUGGGAGCUCCCUGUGUCCUCCUACCUCUGUGCUCCAGCACUUGGCACCUUCACCCCACCAGCUCCCAGUGCCCUGCACCUCUGGGAGUUUGGCCAGAAAAUCAAAUGGGGUUUUAUCUUUU